AUGACGACGACGGCGCCCGCUUUCACGAGCGCACAGCGCCAGCGUGCUGCAGCAUUGUAUCGUUCUUUGAUUAGAACGACGCGCGAACUGUUCCAAGGUGACCAGCGCGCACUCCUAGCUGCACAUCAAGAGACACGAAACCGGUUCCUCGCUGCGAAGAACGAGCGUGAUGCCGCCAAGAUCGACGAAAACCUAGAUAUGGGCGAGCAAGUCAAUUACUUACUGAAGCACAAUGUGGUUCAAGGGGUCUCGGAGCCAGAGUCUGGCUCUACCUACAAACUGCGAUUCACAGAGCACACAGAGCUCGGUUCGAAUGAUACCAUCAAGCAUACUCGACCAGCACCGACACUCUCUGAGAUUGAGCGCACCAAAGGCAAACGCGGUACAUCUGUACGGGCAUUCUCUACAGGAAGGCGAGUGCUUGCCGCAGCCGGAGAUGACUCGGGUUCUAUUCCGCGUCCAGUGCCGCGGUUCCCAGGUAUUGUCAUCUUGUCGGAUGGUUCUGCGGUGCGCAUGACCACCACGUCGCCUCGUCAUAUAACACGCACUACGCGUGAUUUCACGAACCAUCCGCUCUGGAAUCCCAUGUCCGGUGGACGAGGCGAAGGCGAUGUGGACGACGAUAUGGGCCGUCUCGGAUGGUUCCGUCGUCGUUUUGCAGACGCUGGCGCAGGAGAGGCACAGAAGCCGUCCGUGACAUUCGACGAGAGCGAUCUCAGCUGGAUGAGUGGUGGUCGCGAGGCACGCCCCGGCGCUGCGAUCCAGACCAGGAAAGGGAAAGGGAAAGGGAAAAAGUAG